AUGGCUGUACGUACACAAUUUGAAAGUAGUAAUGAUAUAGGUGUUUUUGCUCGUUUAACAAAUGCUUAUUGUCUUGUUGGUAUUGGUGGUUCAGAAAAUUUCUAUUCAACAUUUGAAAGUGAACUUGGUGAUCAUAUUCCUGUUAUUCAUUCAUCAGUUGGUGAUUGUCGUAUUGUUGGUCGUUUAACAGUUGGUAAUCGUCAUGGUCUACUUGUACCAUCAUCAACAACUGAUCAAGAAUUACAACAUAUUCGUAAUUCUUUACCAGAUAAUGUACGUUUAAGACGUUGUGAAGAACGUUUAUCUGCAUUAGGAAAUGUUAUUGCAUGUAACGAUUAUGUUGCAUUAAUACAUCCUGAUUUAGAUAAAGAAACUGAACAAAUUUUAACUGAUACACUUAAUGUUGAAUGUUUUCGACAGACAAUAGCUGAUCGUGUACUUGUUGGAAGUUAUUCAAUGUUUACAAAUCAAGGUGGUCUUGUACAUCCAAAAACAUCUAUACAAGAACAAGAAGAAUUAUCAUCAUUAUUACAAGUACCACUUGUUGCUGGAACAAUUAAUCGUGGUAGUGAUGUUAUUGGUGCUGGACUUUUAGUUAAUGAUUGGAUUGGUUUUUGUGGAUUAGAUACAACAGCACAUGAAAUAAGUGUUAUUGAAAGUGUAUUUAAAUUAGGACAACAUAAUUUAAGUGGUUCUACAACAACAACAAGCAAUAAAACAAUAAAAGAUGCACUUCUUGAUGCGCUUACUUAA